AAUCAGCAUACAUUAAACCUCACAACCUCCUAGCCAAUCAACAGCGCCAUGUCUUCGACUGUGAUCGUGUGAAGUCGUUUGUCAAUCGACGAGGGAGAAUUUCUGGCGGGAUUUAUACAAAAACCAUUUAGAAACAGACAGUUAACGAUUGUUAGCAGUGUGUUUCUGUACUACUUCAGAAUUAUUGCACCUAUUGUUUAGAGCGAAUUGACUUGUGUCCAGAAGAAAGUUAUUCCAUAUUAUUACUGUUUUCUAUACCACCAAUCUAGGAAAAGCUUCAACGUGAAUAUUUAAAAAAAGCAGUUUUCACUGCUAAGUUGAAUAUACCUUUAUUUGAAUUCUAAAUUGUUCAAUUAUGGAGUCAGUUAGUGCGAAUCCACUAAUUUGCGAAGUAUGUCAAAAGGAGUUUACCAAUGUAUGGAACAAAAAGAGGCACCUUCUUAAAAUUCAUAAUGACGAAUCGGCAAAAACGAAUAGGAAGCAGCAUAUAAUGUGUUCUGUUUGCCCAGGGGAAAACAGAGAGAAGUUUUCAUGCUAUAAUGAUUUGGACAAACAUUUAGCAACGAGCCAUGACGUAAAUAUUAAAGAAAGUAUGUUAAGUUUUCAGAGCAAUGAAGAGUUUAAAGCAUGGCGAGGAAAGGAGAAUAGAGAAGUUGAUUAUGUCUGUGUCAGGACUUUGAAAACUAAGAAUGGGGAAACAAUAGUAAACUACAACUGUAACCGAAGUGAUUAUAGAGGAUACGAAUGUGUAGGUCAGAAACGCCAUAUGAAGUCCGGAGGCAGUAUUCACAUUCAAGGAGUAUGUCCUUCAAGAAUGUUAGUUAAAACUGCAACAAAUGGAAUUGUCACAGUCACAUUUGUGGAGACACAUGUGGGUCAUAAUGAUGAGCUAAGAACAAAACGACUCACUGAGUAUCAACAAAACCUUAUUGUUGAGAAGUUAACUGCCGGUGUAUCAACUGAAAGAAUUAUUCAAGAUGCUAGGAUCAUACGAGAUGACAAAUUAGAUAGACUAAAUCUAAUAACGAGGGGAGAUCUAGCAUAUUUAAUGAGAAAAUUUAACCUUGACAAAAGAAGGGAUGCUGACGAUAUGGUAGCAACUGCCUUGAAAGUAGAAGAGUGGAAUGGACGAGGAGAAAAUUAUGCGUUUUUAUUCAAAAGAAUUGGUGAAUGUUGUCCUGGAUUGAGGGAUGAAGAUUUUGCUUUGGCCUACAUGAACGGAGUUAUGGAAAAAAAGUUGAGAGAUUUUAAAAGAAUCAUUUGUGUCGACGGUACACAUGGAACCAACAGGAAUAACUGGGAUCUAACAAUUGUUUUAGUUAAAGAUGAGAAAAACAUGGGUUUUCCUGUUGCCUUUCUGCUCUCAAAUAGAUUGGACCAAACUAUACAAGAGCAUUUUUUUACUGCACUCAAAUCAAGACUAGGUGAAUCCAUUCAAGCAGAGUUCUUUAUGAGUGAUGACGAUACAAAAUAUUAUAAUGCAUGGACCAAAGUGAUGAAGACGGACAAAGAACCUAGAAGACUUCUUUGUACAUGGCACGUUAUUAAAAAUUGGAAUAUUCAAGGGAGAUCCAAAAUCAAGAAUUUACAAAUCAAACAGGACAUGAAGAAAAAAAUGAGAGCAAUUCUAAAAGAAACAGAUCCCUCAAUAUUUUUACAAUUGAAAGAAACCUAUUUCAAACAUUUGGAGGAGGAAGGGGAAAAUGAUUUUCUCAAGUAUCUGCAGAGCUUUUAUUUCAAGAAUGAAGAAAGAAUAAAAAUGUGGGCCCACUGUCAUAGGAUUAAUGCAGGAAUAAAUACCAAUAUGGCUAUCGAAAGCUUAAAUAAAGUACUUAAAUAUAAUAAAAUGAGAACACAACGUAAUAUUAGGGUUGAGAAAUUAUUGGAUCUAUUAGAUGAGCUGGUUGAAGAAAAGAUGUGGACCAAAAUAAUAAAUGUUGAGAGACCUAACGCUAAUAAUUAUCAACACAAGGUAACUGUGGAAUCACACAAAAAGGCAGAGAAAAUGGAAGGUAAGGUAAAGCCACAAGAAUUGGGAACAUUCAAGGUAACAUCUUGUUCAAUCAAUGAUAAAUUUUAUAUUGUAAGUAUUAAAGAACUUUGUGAUGAUGAUUGUAGAGCAGGAUAUUGCCAUAUAUGUAAAAUAUGUAUACAUAGAUACGAGUGUCAGUGUCCUGAAAAUGCGGUGAAACAAGUACUAUGUAAACAUAUACAUGCUGUAUCUUUGUUUGAGGCGAGAAGCGAUUCUGUUGUAGAUUCCUCACAUUCAGAUGAUGACAAUCAAUUACAAGUGAACGAGCCUUCUGGAACCGAAUUGCGAUACCAGGAAGAUCUAAAUCACUUUAUUCAGGAGAGCAGAGAAAAUAAUAAGUCCAUUACUUCUGAAGAAAGACGAGAGUUUGCAAUAAUGGAACAUACCAAUUUUAUCAGAAGUUUAGAUGAUGACACACUUUAUAAAUUCUUGGCAGAGAUAUCAAAACUUAGAACUAAUAUGGGACUAGAUGGUAGUGAGCAUGUUUCAAAAAAAAGGAAAAUGGAGAAACAAUCCUAUUUUCCAAACAAAAAAUAACAGCUUCUUAUUUUAUAUUGUAAUAUACAUAACUAUUUGCUAAAUUUUUCUCAGUUGUUUGCUGAUAUAUAAUCAAAGGUGAUGGUGUUGUUUGCUUAUUUUUGAAGUAGUUAAUUCUAUGAUUAUUAUUCAAUACUUUGAACAGAAUUAAAUUUUUGCAGGAUGCUUUGUACUUGAGGGUGUGGUAUAAUGUAAUUAUAUUUAGCUAAUAUUUUUAUAAUAGUUACUCAUUUGUAAAUAGGUAAAUUUUAUAUGUUGAAUUGUAUUCAUAGGUGUGGCAUAAUGUAAUAUAUGUAUAGUUAUAGUUCUAAAUAAUUUCAUUUUCUAAGAAUCAUUCUAGUGAAGGCUUGAUAACAUUCCGAAAAUUAACUCACUGAAAUUUUCACUUUUGAAACUUGAUCAAUAUUUUUUGUUAGAGAUUACUAUACAAAUAUUAUAUUUUGGUUCAGGUGUAGGGGAGCUGGGAGCCUGUAAUUAUCUAAAAAAAAUUGCAACUCCUAUAGGGUUUAUCUUCGGAUAGAUCUUCAAAUGGACAACUGUUGGAAUAAUUAAUGUAGUUACUUUGUACAUAUAGUUUAAUUUUUGUUAAUGUUCAAUUGUAUUUAAUGGUGUGGUAAUGUGAUAUAUGUAUAGUUAUAGUUCUAAAUAAUUUCAGACACAAAUAAACAUUCUAGUGAAGGCUUGAUAACAUUCCGAAAAUUAACUCUCUGAACUUUUCACUUUUGAAACAAGAUCAAUUUUUUUUUACAGAUUCGCGUACUGUACCUAUACAAAUAUUAUAUUUUGGUUCAGGUGUAGGGGAGCUGGGAGCCUGAAAUUAUCUAAUAAAUAUUGCCACUAUUAUAAGGUAUAUCUUCAAAAUGAAUAACUGUAGGAAUUAUUAAUGUAGUUACUUUGUACAUAGUUACAUUUUUAUAUGUUCAAUUGUAUUGAGUUACUAACUCUUGAAUGUAUAAUAAAGUAUUUAUAUGAUGAAUAAAACCUAUAAUUUA